AUGACAGAACACCCGAUCAAGCAUGGAGACUUAGAGCUGGAGAACGCCGACGAGUAUCCCACCAUUUUCACCACGGAAACAAGGCUCAGGAGAGGAUUGUGUCCGGUGACGCAAAAUAAACUGAAUCCCGCUGAAUCCCACCAGCUCUACUACGAAGUACACGGCUCAGCUGAUCCACAAGCUGAGAAGUUGGUAUUCAUUAUGGGUUUGAAUGGUAGUUGCUUCGGCUGGUCCAAACAGAUCAACAACCUCGCACUCACAGGGAAAUAUCAGCUGCUAGCCUUCGAUAAUAGAGCAGUUGGUCACUCAACUGGUCCCAGAGGUCCUUACAGCACUAGCGGUAUGGCAGAGGAUGUCAUAGUCCUUCUUGACCUACUGGGAUGGACAAACAGCCGCUCUCUUCACUUAGUUGGAGUUAGUAUGGGUGGUAUGAUUUCACUUGAGCUGUGCCAUAGAAUCCACGAACGUAUCGCGUCUCUCACUCUCGCAGUCACUAGCAGAGGCUAUGGCCCUUUCUGGAAUCUACCAUCGUGGAGAGGUAUCUACACCCUCAUGUCCUUCUUCACUAUCAGUGAUAGCGAAAAACUCAUUCAGUCGUACCUAGAACUAGUAUUCCCUAUCCAUUGGCUCGCUGAGAUACGCGAGAAUGACAGCCUUAAACGCACAAAUAGAGAAUGUGAAAGAGAUCACAUGAUCGAAAGAGCCAAAUACUCUAGAGAACAAGAUCCCUUCGGUGCCAUCUCUCAAAUGUAUGCUGCCUUAGGACACAGCGUGUCUCCAGCCAGAAUGAAGUUGAUUGAUCACAAUAUACCAAAGAUAACUAUCGUAUCUGGAGAUGAAGAUUAUCUAGUUGACAUAUCAUGUUCAGUUGAUCUCAAGAAACACUUGCCAAGUGCAACAUACACUGUAUUUGAAAAUACAGGCCACGGUCUCAUCGGUCAGCGUCCCUUCAGAUUCAACAAGCUCAUCGAGGACACUGUCGCAGAAGGGUCUGAAAUAGUUGGCAGGAAAGCCAGGUAG